CGCUUAUCCUACCUCAACCGUCACUUCCUUGAUUGGGCGUCCAGCUCCCCCUAUCGUCAGCAGCGCGAGUCUCACAGCUCCCUGGAAUUCAACUCUGACAAGAAUAUCUACAAGCAAUGUUUCGGGUUCGUUGACAGGGAGCACAGUAGCUGUUACAUCAACAUGGAACAACACUUUGAGUCCAUCUCUCACAAGCACUUUCGUCGCCUGGCCUACUUCUCCACCGACGUCCAACUCAGCAUGGACUACAAUUGCAUUGUCCAGAACUUUGUGCACAUCAAGGUGGCAGAACCUCACUUCGACUACCUCGGCAGCUGGGCUCACAAGCACGUGGACCUCUCUGGUCUUGACCAACCCGGAGGGGACGACGGGUCUACGUCCGAGAGCAACUUUGUCUUCGGCACACCCACCACCACCAUCACCGACGCCCCGCUGCCGUCCAACACCGCCUACCCCUGGGGAGGCCUUGGCCCAAUAUUCCGCCCACACGAGAAGCCUGAGCCAAAGACAGGCGGCGUGAAUCUCUCGAAGCUCAAGGACCGGAAGGCCCAUGCAGCCUGACCUUCCUGGCGUCCAGAAGGGGAGGAAAACGCAGCGGCAGCGUCCCUGAUGACACGUCCGGAGAUGCCUUUGCUAAUUACAACGCACCUUGCUUUUCUUUUUAGGGAACCACCUAUCCCACAACUCAGGAACGGCGAUUUCUGAAACUUUCCCUCAUGUCUGUUUUCUCACCUGGACCAUGUCUGUUUGAGUGGGAUGCAUUGGCGGACGCGCCUCAAUACCAUGGCCCACCGC